UUUCACCUCUAUAUAUAUGCAAUAACUCUCUCUCUCUCUCUCUCUCUCAUGUUGGGAGUAUGUUGGAUCACAAUUGAUUAUUGCGGCAUUCUCUCUUUCCCUUUCCCUUUCUCUUUCUCUUUCUAUUCCUCUUCCUCUUCCUCUUCCUUGUAAUUCAUAAACUUUUGUAUUGUGUUCCUGUUUGUUCCCUUGCUUGCUCCUUGUUAGUUAGGGGUACCAUUUAAUAUAUUUGCCGGAAAAAAAAUAUAAUUGUUAAAGAGAUAGAAGAAAUGAGGGUACAAUCCAAGAAGUUCAGAGGUGUCAGGCAAAGACAAUGGGGAUCAUGGGUUUCGGAGAUCCGCCACCCACUCCUGAAGCGAAGGAUUUGGCUUGGUACAUUUGAUACGGCAGAGGCAGCCGCAAGAGCCUACGAUCAAGCAGCUAUCUUGAUGAACGGUCAGAAGGCAAAAACAAAUUUUCCGGUGACCACCAAAACCCCACCGGAAGGGACCCACAACUCACCGUUGGAAAUUCCAGCAGACACCCUUGCUGCUAAGCUACGUAAAUGCUGCAAAGACCCAGCACCAUCGCUCACCUGUCUACGUCUCGACAGUGACAACUCUCACAUCGGCGUGUGGCAGAAACGCGCAGGUAAAGGGUCCAGCUCUGGCUGGGUGAUGAAGGUUGAGCUCGGUGGCAAGAGAAAAGAGAGGGAGGACGAAGAAGAAACGACAUCACAAACUACAUCAUGCGAAUCUUUCUCUCCAACAGUGGUGGAAGACGGUGGUCCCGGUGGAGGGGGUAAUGGAAACAUAGACGAAGAAAAUAGGGUUGCAAUGCAGAUGAUAGAGGAAUUGCUUAACUGCAACUAGAUAGACGUGGGGUACAGAGAUUAUAUAUAAAUAUGAUUCGAUAAAUAGUUGUUUAAAUAAUGUUCUCGGAUAUACAUAUGAUCUAUAUAUAAAUUACAAUAAUAAAUAGUAGGUUAUAUGUAUAUUAAACUAGGG